AUGACGCGACCAACGCCGUCUUCCGACGAUGCAAAGGAGGACGGAUUUGCUAGUCUACGGACAAGUAUCCUCGGAACCAACAACCAAGUUCCCAAAUGGGCUCCAGUGACCUUGCUGACCGUUUCGUCUGUGGCCCUUGUAGCGCCGAUAGUCAUGUUACGACGGUAUAGGCGCGGUGUUAUUGCCCAGAAUCUUCAAGAAGCUACAGCGCCUCGUCGAAGGGGGCGUGGACUUCCACCGACCCCCUUCGAAUCACAUUCUCCCCCAAUACGAUCCCGUCCUACCUCACAACCAAUACUGAGAGGGGUCCCGGCCCAUCCGCCACCUCUGAAUCUACCCGUAUCGAAUACAGAUAGCGGCGAACAAUUUUUCAACGCUCCUCUGUACACCUUCAAAGCAUUCAGCAUUGCUACGGCUCUUGUGACGCUGGGUGCGACGGCCUCUAUUUGGGGAGUAAUGAAAGCUCUAAAUGCUCGUGAUACCAACGAAUUUGCGGAACGUCUGCGCCAUGCAGUGCUGACCAAAUUACCCGUUCUCUCAUACCGAAUAUAUCGUCCAGCCGAACCUCACCAAGACGGUGGUGAUGAUUCUUCGCUAGCGGAGAACUCUGCAUCGGAACCUGUAGAAUGGAAUUGGAAAGAAGCAGAGGAGCGUCUUAGAGAAGCGUUUGACAAGGGGGGAUUUUAUAGCUGGGCAUCGGCUGCCCUCGUAGAGGUGGAGGCAGAAGCAACGGUUGAAAGAACAAGAAGGGGUAUCAUUCAAGACCAGAGGCCGACUAGUUGA